GCUUGACAAUUUGACACUGACUGACAGACAGACAGAGACAGAUAAACAUUGUUUUGAGAAUGUGCAUGUGUUUGAAAAUUCUCUGAAAAUUAAAUGAGGCAAGCUAUUAUUUAAUUUUCCAGAGAAAUAGCCCAAUUUUUGGUGUAUGUACACUAAGUACUUACUCUCCUAUGGUAUUUCUACGUUUAAAAUUAAUUUAGAUUACAAUACUUUCUGUAUUAUAAUUUUUAAAAGUAAUCUUUGUUGUUUGGACUUUGAAUCUACUAUAUCUGCCAAGAUAUAUACAUUUUCAAAACAAUAUUAAACAUUAUAAUCGACAGUACAAGAGCUACUUAAUAAAUAUGUCUUUGUGGAAUACGCUUUCUUCAUAUGCCAAGCAAGAAAUUUACAAGGUCCCAGUUCGAUAUUUAAAUCUUUUAGAAUAUCAGAGUAAAAAUUUACUUCGAAGGAGUAAUGUAGCCAUUCAAGAUUUCUGUUUGAUCGAUGAUCAUGGUAAAAAUGAACUUCAAAAUUUCAAUGCAAAGGAAUAUGUUAUAAAGGCACAAAUCUUGGCUGGUGGUAGAGGCAAAGGUCAUUUUGAUAAUGGAUUCAAAGGGGGUGUGCACAUAACAAACCAGAGAGAUCAGAUCCCCGAUAUUGUUAAACAAAUGCUUGGAUUUAAGUUAAUUACCAAACAAACGCCAAAAGAAGGUAUUCCAGUAAAGAAAAUUAUGAUAGCUGAAAGUGUAAAUAUUAAAAGAGAAACGUACGUUUGUAUACUGAUGGAUAGGCAACAAAAUGGACCUGUUAUAAUUGCUUCACCAGCAGGGGGUGUGGAUAUUGAGGGAGUGGCUGAAAAAACACCUCAUCUCAUUAAAACCAUCCCCAUUGAUAUAUUUGAUGGAAUUACUGAUAAAAUGGCAGAGGAGCUUGCAGAAUUCCUACAAUUUAAGGGAAAUCUAAAGGCAAAAGCUGCAGAAGAAAUAAAAAAAUUGUGGCAUUUAUUUGUAACAGUAGAUGCUACACAAAUCGAAAUAAAUCCUUUAGUUGAGACUGAUGAUGGCAAGGUGAUUGCUGUCGAUGCCAAAUUAAAUUUUGAUGAUAACGCUAAAUUUCGCCAAAAGGACAUUUUUGCUAUGGAAGAUAUUACCGAGAGUGACCCAAGAGAAGUAGAAGCCGCAAAGUACAAUCUUAAUUACAUUAGUAUGACAGGGAAUAUAGGGUGCCUGGUAAAUGGAGCUGGUUUGGCAAUGGCAACUAUGGACAUCAUCAAGCUCUAUGGUGGAGAACCAGCAAACUUCUUAGAUGUUGGUGGCAGUGUUAGAGAGGAACAAGUAAAAGCUGCCUUCCACAUAAUUACAUCUGAUCCGUCUGUAAAAGCAAUUUUGGUAAAUGUUUUUGGAGGAAUUGUCAAUUGUGCCACAAUUGCCAAUGGCAUUGUUGGUGCAUUAAAAAGUAUGACUUUGACAGUACCUCUGAUUGUGAGAUUAGAAGGUACAAAUGCAGAAGAAGCAAGAAAUAUUAUUAAAAAGUCUGGCUUAAAUAUACAGACUGCCAAAGAUUUAGACCAGGCUGCUCAAAAAGCUGUACAAUCAAUAAAAUGAUUUUUUAUACGUUUUUUAAGAUAAUUUUAUACUGUUGUUAUUGAAAGUGAAAUAUAUGUAUUUUACUAAG